AUGUUCUUCCCGAGGUCCCGCCGUUGGUGUAGCCUGGGAACGCUGUUGGUCGUGAGUAUCCCAGCAAUUGCUCGCUCAGUCGGAAGAGCACAAGCGGAGAGCGACAUCAAGGAAGCAGAUCCUACGGUGCUCAUCCUCGGUGGUGGGGUGGCCGGCGUGAUCGCUGCGCAAACUCUAUAUGAGCAGGGAAUCACCGACUUCAUUAUCGUGGAAGCUCGAGAUGAACUCGGCGGCCGUCUGCAGACCGAGACUAUUGGCGUACCGGGCAACGAAUGGGUAGUCGAGAGGGGUCCUAACUGGGUGCAAGGCACGCAGACCGGCGACGGGCCCGUGAACCCCAUCUGGGAACUGGUGCAGAAGCACCAAGUCAAGACUGUGUAUAAUGACUGGUACGGCAGUAUGACGACCUAUGACGAGAGCGGCGCCGUAAACUACACGGACGUCUUUGACGAUUCUACGAAUAACUAUACGACACUGACGGUGGUCGCUGGAGAGCGCGUGCAGAAGCAGCUGGUCGACCUUACUGCACGCAGUGGAUACUCUCUCAUUGACGCGAAGCCGAUUACGCCUGCUGAGAAGGCCUGCGAAUACUACCAGUUUGACUGGGAAUACGCGCAGACGCCUAUCGAGUCCUCUUUGAUCGCCAGCUCUUGGGGUAAUAACUUCACUUACGACCCCGACGUGGGCGGCUUCGGAGACGACAACAUGAUGUCCAUCGACCAGCGUGGGUUCAAGCACUUCAUCCAAGCUGAGGCGGCCGAGUUCCUCCAGCCAUCGCAGGUCAUGUACAACGCGACCGUCACGAAUAUUGCGUACUCCACGGACGGCGUCAGUGUCACGCUCACGAAUGGCAUAGAACUCGUGGCGGACUAUGCUUUGUGCACUUUCAGUCUGGGAGUGUUGCAGAAUGAUGAUGUCACGUUCGAGCCGUCAUUGCCAGACUGGAAGCAGGAGGCGAUUCAGAGCAUGGUUAUGGCAACAUACACGAAGAUCUUCCUGCAGUUUGAGGAGGAUUUCUGGUUCGAUACCCAGAUGGCCUUGUACGCGGACACCACGCGAGGCAGGUAUCCUGUUUGGCAAAACAUGAAUCUUACGGCAUUCUUCCCAGGAUCGGGCAUCGUCUUCGUGACGGUCACCGGAGAAUAUUCUGUCCGCAUCGAAGCACUCUCAGACGACGAGGUCAAAGCCGAAGUCCUACAAGUCCUGCAGGCGAUGUACCCUGAUAUCACCAUCCCCGAGCCGACAGCGUUCUACUUUCCGCGCUGGCAUACCGACCCGCUCUUCCGAGGGUCAUAUUCCAACUGGCCGCCUUCGUUCUUUAGCGGGCACCACACAAACUUCAGGGCCACCGUGGACGAGCGGCUCUGGUUUGCCGGGGAGGCGACGAGCAUCAAAUACUUUGGUUUCCUGCACGGGGCUUACUACGAAGGCUUGGACGUUGCGACGGCUUUGGCGCAAUGCAUUCAUGCCGGUGGAUGCAUAGGGCUCGAGCAUGUCCCUGAGAUACGGAAUGCUUUCCCAUACGAGGUGUAA